AUGGCUGAGAGCGGGUUGGCGGACGGCUCGCCUCUGCACCAGUACUUGUGCUCCAUCGGGUACAGCACAGACGACCUGCUCGUGCUUCCGGGACCGCCGCCAAGCCUUGCCAGCGCCCUCGCCGAGGCAGACAGUGACACGAGUGGCAGCACUGCACAGUCGGACAGCCGGCCUGCUUGGGCGUGGGUGUGGGCCUGGGCUCCAGGGCUGAAACAGUGGGCGCUCGGUCGAGCAAACUGCGAAAUUGCUGCAGCUUUGGAGAUUGCCGAGGCCGACGCACUCGUUGCUGCAAUCGCUCCUCUGGGUCGCCGAGGUGUCCUAUCUGAGACUGACUGCGACUGGAUUGUGCGUGUUGGCGGCGACCAUGUCAUGCGAGCCCUUGCGCACCCGAACAACGGCGUUUCUCAGAUCCAGCAAGCAGUCGACGAACAGCUCGAUUGGAUCACUGACCGGGUUGCUACAGCUCAGCGACGACUGCGGCUUCAUACAGUGAUUGGAGCAGCAGUCGCAUCGUGCCUUGCCAGCACGCUCUGUCGGACGGCACUUGGAUUUCGCAGCUCCGCCAUAGGCGCGAUGGGCUUGGCAACAUGGACUGGGCUUGCGUCGUAUCGCUUCCACACCCUGUCUGUUCAAGCCUCGCAAGUCCAUUCCGUUCGUGCACAACUCGCUGCCAACUGCAGUCUCACAUCUCGCUUUGUCCAGUCGACAUCACUACUUCACACAAGACUUGUCCGUGGCAUUCGGCGCGUGCGCGAGCUUGGGAUUGUGCAGCGAGGGUACUUUGCGUCCGUGGCGGCGGAGCUCCCGCCUGCCUUGCAAAUUGUCGCUUCCAGCGAGUCGUCAUUUUCUCUGCCGGAACUCUUAGACCCGCCGCAAGCCUAUCUCUUCCGCCCGUCGCCAUCCGCACCGAAGAGUGCCGCUGAUUUGACUUCUCUUGACGCCAUCACGACCUUGUUACACGUGUUUCUCGAGCAUCGGUCUCAGCUGAUGCGUCGCACUGCCAUGUUGGCUCUGAUCGGAAGCGUUCGCGACACCACCUCAAUACAGAGUCUUGGUGUCGCUGUGCCUCGGCUCGUUUCAGAAGAGCAACGGUUGCAGUUUCGUCGAAUAUUUCCCUGUGUAUUACCAAGAAUUCUAGCUGAUCUGGUUCCGGAAAUGGAUGCGUUUGCCGACGCUCUCCAGCGAGUUUUCGAUCCCGCUCCAAUCGCGACAUCUCCGAAUCCGCCACCGCCCGAGUCUUCGUCGGUCCUGGACGAUCUGCGGCGAAUUAUGAUUGCAGCAGAGUGUUUGGCAACCCGAUGCGCGCUGUUGGAAGAAUCGGCGUCUGGGAAAGACUCUGCCGAAAUUUGCAAAACACUCCUUGAUAGUGUCGCGUCUUUGGAACACGACGUCAAAGUUGUGAGCGACAGCAUGGCGCGCACCCGUCAAUCCCUCCAACCUCCAGAGGAUGAUGCUACUGCGGCUGACGGGACUGCUACAGGGUCCGAUAAACCAGCAUCUCGAGCGGUCGUCGACUUGUUACCCGACUGUGACCAGCCACCAUUGCCUUCAGACGACCCCGACUCGUCAUUAGAUCGUGUCUACGAGGCUACCCUGCAUUAUGCGAACGAUGGCGAUGCGGAAGGGGAGGUCGAAAUGACUCGCGAGCAGUGGCAGGCAGUCCGGGCCGCUCGAGCCGCACACAGACAAGCGCAGCUCGCCGAGCAGGUAUGUGGAACUGGUACUUCAUGUAGCCACGCCGGAUUGAACUCACGCACGUGGCUGUGUGUGUAUGUACCAACCUCCCUUCCCACAAAUUACAGGCUCGGCAGGCGCAAGAGCAAGAGGAAUUGA